AGUUCAUUCCCAAUCCACUCAUCAUCACCUCCAAAUCUCUCUCUCUUUAUUUUGCAGUGUGAUCUCUAUCAGUGAGAUAGUGCAAAUCAGUAACUAGAAGAUGGCUUUGGGAAGAGGCAGUGCAAUAAUGGUGCUACUUGUCUGCUUUUUGGCGCUUCACUCUGAGAUGGCUCAUGCUGCUACCUACACUGUUGGAGGUGCAGGAGGUUGGACCUUUAACACUGUUGGCUGGCCCAAAGGAAAGCGCUUUAGAGCUGGGGACACACUUGUGUUCAAAUAUGGCGCUGGGGCACACAAUGUGGUGGCGGUGAACAAGGCAGCUUAUGACACCUGCAAGACUCCAAGAGGAGCAAAAGUGUAUCGGUCAGGGAACGAUCAGAUCAGGCUCACCAGAGGACAAAACUACUUCAUCUGCAAUUAUGUCGGUCACUGCGAAUCUGGAAUGAAAAUUGCAAUCAACGCUGCUUAAUUAAUUGCCUCUUUGUACUACUUCAACUUGACAAACUUAUAAUUAUCUGUGUACGCUUUUAUACUUAAUUAUACGUACGUAAUGAAUGAAUGUAUUUGCAAUGUUAAUUGCAUAUACUAGCUACUUUUUAAUUGUACUACUGUUAAAUUCUCUUUUCACUUCCUGAAUCUGGGUCAGUAAGUGAUCAUGGGAGAUAUAGGAGAGAGUGUGAAGAAAAGUUGUGCGAUGUAUGAGUCAUGGUUCUAGUAUCAAUAAAUAUAUAUGUCGCGGUCAUUGAUAUA